CUAAAAGAUAUCAAAAAAUGAAAUGGUUACAAGAUCACGAAGUAGCAAUUAACUUGGCCUUAUUCAAGCGAUACCAAUUUUAUCAUAUAUUCGACCCGAAUGGCUCAAAACUAUUAAGUUAUGACACUUACAAGUUAACAAACGUCAUGUUUAUUGUGGCCGUUACAACUUACAACAUAUUUUCUGCAAUGUGCUUUUUCACAGAUACCGUAAACUCAAUCGACAGUGUUGAUUUAUUACUAAUGAUAUUCAUAUACUCCAUAAUUGUAAUUUCAUUAUUGAAAAUUACCGUUCUUCUAUAUAACGCAGAUCAAAUUUGGGAAUUGUUCGACCUUGCGCGCCUUGAUUUUUUAACAAGUAAACGGUGUCGCAAAAAUAUCGGGAUUCUCAUUAAAUACCGCGAUACAUCGAUAACGAUAACUAACUUGUACCAAAAUUACAGCACCAUAGUAUUCAUCAUAUGGAUGGUUGUCCCGUUGAUAUUAAACACUUUUGUGUUGGUCGAAGGCCCGAAUCAGCGUUAUCAUAACAUUUUCAACAUGCAGUAUCCGGUGUCCGCGAGCAUUUACAAUCGCUAUUAUUACCUAUUUUAUUUAAUGGAAAUAGCAAUGGGAAUAUUCGUUUUAAAUUAUUCGAUGAUCAUUGACAAUUUCCUAAUAUCGUUGUGCUGGGCUAUAAUUGCACAAUAUGAAGUGAUUACCACAGCGUUCGAAAAUAUUGGAAACGACUGCGAACUUGAAAACCUUCAAAACAGAAGAGAAAAUAAAAGUUUUGAAGCAUAUGAGGAUCUCAAAUCAAUUAUAAUGGAUCAGGAGAAAGUGUACAUAAAAUUGAAAUCAUUCUAUCAUGUGGUGUGGAUUAUAGUUAUAUUUCUGAUUAUUAUAGAUUCAGUUUUAUUAAUAAUAUUGACAUAUUCAUUUGUUAUGAUUUGUUCGUCAGCAGAAUCAUUUUCUAUUUUCAACAUACUUAAGAUAUCAACAGCAUUUUUUGUUUUUGUAAUUCAAUUGUACUUAUACUGUUAUUUAUUUGACGUUCUAAAUGAUAAAAAAGAAUCCGUCAACUUUGGAAUAUAUUCUUGUGAUUGGACGAAGAUGGAUAUAAAAUUUAAAAAGUUAUUGUUAUUAACCAUGAAGUUGAAUAAUGCUGAUAAAUUAAAGAUAAAAGCUACACCGAAUAAAAUCGUUAACUUACAACUAUUUUCUAGCGUGAUGACCACAACCUUCAACAUUGUCACGGUCAUGCUCAAAACAAUGAAAGGGAAAAAUUAAUUUUAGUACUAAUGUAAUAUGUAUAAUCUACAAUCGUCUAUGCGCAUAGGCACGUCAUCUUAUAUCACGACACUAUGCCAUCUGAGAGAAGAAGAAUAAUUGUUACCUUAAUGUUUAUCUUCAACAUACGAAAAAUGUUUUAUAGGUAUACCUACCCACGCCUCAAUGCCGCUUUUUUAUUUUCGAAUUCAAUGACUUAGGAUUGGCUUGAAGAGUGUACAUUUUAAAAUAACAAUAACAACUAUGUAUAACUGCACGUCCAUACUGGCUUAAAGUGAGAUGAGUGUCACUCUGCUUUAUUACGUAAAUAAAUUAUUUAAAUAUUUGAUACUCAUUACGUUUUACUAUUUUUUCUUCCAACACCAAAAGCACUAAAUUUGGGUUAUAAUAAAUUAAUAAGUAGGUUUAUUAAAUAUCACUUUACAAAUUUUAUCGUGGGUAAUUUCCAUACACAUCAAUAGUGAAACUGCUUACUGCAGACAACUUGCUAUAAAAUAUAUGAUGACAUAACAAAAAAUAAUCCGAUUUGAUUCUUGAUUCAAAUUGAACACGUCUUGAUUAUCUACUGGCCUACUGGCUACUACACUACUACAGUGAUCUAAUUGACGUCGAAGUAAUAUACUGUGUUCGCUGGAAACACUUAUACAACUUACCUACUUGUACAAUGGUAUAUAGGUAGAUACAACAGAUUAUGAUAGUUCCUGAUUUUUGUUGUUAACUUCUAACGAUUUCUGAACUAGUGACAAAUGUGCUCAAGAUACGAUAUUAAUGAUUGACUGAAAAAUAAUAUUUUGCUGGUGUUGGCUUGGCGUGGCACGAUUACUGCAAUCAGUCACUCAGCGUUACUGAGAGUACGCGCGGUCCGCUACAACUAGUUCCGAGAUGGGUGACCACCGAGGUUCUUAGUGAUGAAAACCUAGCCACAAAUACACGAAAUGGCCUAACGCCUAACCAACCGUACCAAUUCCACAAACGUAACCUCUGAAAUGGUUAUUGGCCAGAGUUCAAUAGUUGAGAGGCUCACGACCAAUAAAAAAAAGUAUUUUGUGGCAACCAAUCUAACAAAACUUGAAACUGUGGUAGCAGUGCAGCACUGCUUCAUUUUGGUUUAGAAGAAUUAAAAACAAUUAUUUCAAAAGAAGUUUAUCCUAAUAUUCAUUCCUUACUUAAAGUAGCCCUGAUACUACCUAUCAGUUCUGCAUCGUGUGAACGAUCUUUCUCAGCCAUCAUGCGUCGAAUCAAAAACUGGACUAGAACAUCUAUGACACAAGAUCGUUUCGGUAAUCUUCCUAUAUUGCACAUCGAGAGAGAUAUUGUUAAUAAUCUUAACCUCGAUAUUAUACUAG